AUGACCGUAGGUCCCCGAUCCGGGCCGCCGCCGCCCUCUCCGCCGAGCUCCCCGGGGGCCGAAGGCCACGCCCUGGCCGAGCUGCGCGGGCUCUGCGGGGGCAUCGACGCCGACGGGAGCGGCUGCAUCUCCCGGCUGGAGCUGGUCGAGGCCGUGCAGCGGUGCCCCGCCGUGGCGGCGCUGGUGCUCCCGGGCGCGGACGGCGCGCGGGUCCUCGAGGACGAGGCCACUUUCGACGCGCUCGGCGCGGCGUUCGAGGCCAUCGCCAGGGGCAGGCAGCGGAUCCGCGUGGACGACUUCGUCCGACGCCCGACCUUCUGGGGGGCCCGACAGCGGAAGGGGCCCGACGGCGUGGACGAGGUCCGCCGGGCCUUCGACCUUGCGGACUCGGACGGGGACGGCACGGUCUCGAGGCUGGAGCUGCUGGGGGCGGUGAAGCGGCAUCCGCAGGCGUUGCCAGGGUUCGACGCCAGCCGAGUCAUGAGCGACCAGGAUGCCUUCGACGCCGUCCACCGCGUUUUCGACGCGGUCGCGGCGGGCAAGCGCCGCAUCGGUUUCGCAGAUUUUCAGAGUUACUUCGGCGGGACCCGCGCGGGGCAGGUGGCGCUGGAGUGCGGCGGGGUGGGAGGCUGCAGGCAUCGGGGCGACACCCGCGUGUUUUUGCUCGACCCCACUGGCCUCCACAGGUUCUCUGUCGCGCAGGCGGGCUUCUCCGUGCACUGGUGCGCGGGCCCGCCAAGCCCUCAUUCGUGGGCCGCUCCCGCAGUUCAGCAGCUCCAUGCUAUCGGGGCCGAGAUAGACAGCGUCCAGCCCCACGUGCUCGCGUGCGCGUCCCAGGCCUCCGACUGCGUCUACGCUCUGUGGCAGGCGGGCCUGUGGCGAGGCCCCACCGUGCUCAUCAAUCCACGGACGGUCUGCCGGCAGCUCCCCGCCGAUGUUCCCGUGGUCUUGAUCCACGGCGGCAGUGACGCCAAGAGCGGCGUGCCGCGCCCGGAGUUGGAGCGGCUUGUCGCUGCGAGCUCUGGCGGGGCUCGGGGGGGCUUCCUGUUCCUGGUGGACCCGUCGACCUUCUGCGGCAGCGCCCUGCUGAAGAGCGAUUGCCUGCCGCGGCUGCUGGAGGGAGCUGCGAGCCCCGACGGGCCCGAGGCGCACAUUCUCCGCACCGUCCGCGAGCGCAAGUCCGCGGAGCGCUGGGGCGCGGAGCUGUGGCUCGGUCACCGGAUCGAGGACCUCAGGCGGCGCUGGGCUUCCCCUGGGCAGCGCGGCAGGGACGCCCGCACGCUCUUCGAGGUGCCCAGGGGCAGCGAGGAGUUCCGCAUGGUGGCCCAGGUGUUCAAGGCCGAGCCGGCAGAGGCCAGCGCCUACAACGUGGGCCGCCAGGGCUUCGCGAGCACCACGGUCCUCGCCGUGCACCGCGUGGAGAACGGCCUCCAGGCGGACGGGUGCUCGAGGCCGUACACGGACGCGCUGAGCAGGUCCUUGGAAGAUCAGGGCGUGAGCUUCGAGCCGGGGGUGCACACUUGCUGGGCCUUCCACGGGACCCGCGACAUCGAUUCGAUCGUCGGCAACCCGAUGGCGGGUUUCCAGCCGCUCGCCGCGGGAUUGGGCAGCCGGGCCCUUUGGGGUUCUGGGACCUAUUUCGCCCGGGACGCGAAGUACGUUGCGGACGGCGGCUUCGACCUCACGGGAGGACGGACAGCCGACGGCAGCCGGAGGAUGCUGAUGUGCCUGCUGGCGACUGGCAUGCCGUGCCUCGGGGACCCAGGGCACAAGGGCGUCCUGCCCUUCCGGAGGCCGCCGCACCGGUUCCACUCCGCGGUGGACUCGGUGGCGAAUCCGGAGAUCUACGUGGUGCAGCACCCUGGUGCAGCGCACCCCGCGUAUGUGAUAACUUUCGCUGCUGCAUGUCUCUAA